GGCGGCGGCGGCGGCGGCAAGCGGCGCGGCAGCUGCGGGGCCAAGCAGCCGGCGUGGAAGCGGCGGCGCCGCGCGGCCUCGGAGUGCGGCCCGGUGCUGCCCUCGGAGUUCCUGCUGGGCGGCAACAUCUUCGACCCGCUCAACCUCAACAGCCUGCUGGACGAGGAGGUCAGCCGCGCCCUGAACGCCCGCACGCCGCAGUCCUCGCCGCUCCCGCAGCGCGGCCGCGACCCGGUGGAGAUCCUGGUGCCGCGGGACAUCACGGACCCGCUGAGCCUGAACGCGCCGGGCGAGGCGCUCCGCCUGGCCUCCCCCGCCAAGAGCGCCCGCCGCCGGCACCGCCACCGCGGCCAGCAGCGCUCCGCCAACACCGAGGAGCCCGCCGAGCCCCCCGCCGCCGCCGCGCCGUGCCCCGCCGCCGGCCGGCACCGCAAGCGCCGACGGACUUGCACCCGAUCCGAGCCGCCUCAUCCUCCUCAUCCUCUUCCUCCCGUGGAGAAACCCAAAGCGGGCGGCAAAGCGGCGCAGCGGCCGCGGCGCCAGGCGCGCAAGUUCCAGUACGGGAAUUACUGCAAGUACUACGGCUACCGCAACCCCGACGUGGAGGACGCGCGGCUGCGGGCGCUGCGGCCCGAGUGGUUCGCCGGCAAGGAGGUGCUGGACGUGGGCUGCAACGUGGGGCACCUGACGCUCAGCAUCGCCAAGCGCUGGGCGCCCGCCAGGGUGGUGGGGCUGGACAUUGACGGGCGGCUCAUCCGCUCGGCUCGCCAGAACAUCCGCCACUACCUGUCCGAGGGGCUGGGGGCGGACGGAGACCCCGCGGGGGGAGCCAGGAAAGGGUUCCCCGCCGCGCUCCUGGCCAGCCGAGGGCCCAUCGCCGCCCCGCAGCUGCCGCCAGACGGGCCCGGGGCGGCGGAUUUCCCGCACAACGUGGUGUUCGUCACGGUGAGAGGGGCGGGGGGGUCCCUGAGGGGUCUGGGGGUCCUGGUGCCA